AUGACCACACACCCCGAAAAGAAGCCAUACAGCAACCCCCUCCCUCAAAUCCAUCGCUUCAUCACCACCCACGAUACCACCGGAAAAGCAGUCUAUUCGGCUUCCCUCCCUGAGCGCAUGCAAUUCUGGCAAGUCAGCAAUGACCCGGCCAUGCCCGUGGGCUUCUUCCUCGGACAUACCGUCUCCACCUUCCCGGUACCCUUGGCCGACGAUCAAGACCUGACCGACUACAAAGACACGCUAGCACGGAGCCAGGAAAGCGGCCUCGCCAAACGCGGUGGUAUCGUCAUGCGCUAUGUGGAUUAUCCGCCGGGGUGCCGCUCACCGAUGCAUCGUACCGUCAGCCUGGAUUAUGGGUUUGUGUUGGUGGGCGAACUGGAUUGUUUGUUAGAUGAUGGGGAGGUGAGGACGGUGAGGCCCGGCGAUGUAGUGGUGCAGAGGGGAACUAUGCAUCAAUGGGUGAAUCGGAGCGAGACCGAGUGGGCGAGGAUGGUAUACGUCUUGAUGGAUGCUACGGCGGCGGAGGCUGGGGGUGUGUCGAUGGAAGAAGAUUUGGGGGGGAUGAAGGGGGUUCCGGAGUCUCACUAA